AUGCCGAUCGGAAACGGCGAAGGAGAUCGAUAUCGCGCCGGCGGAGCGAGAGAUCCGUACGUCGCCGUCCUCCUCAUCGCUGUCUCCUCCUUCUUCACGUUGAUACACCUGUCGAGGAAGGAGGGCUUCGAGGACCGCCGGGAGCGCGUCUCGUCGGAGGAGGAGCAUCCAUCCGAGCCGAUUCCAGACCGAGAACUUUGGGAUGCUCCUUUCAGUUUCGGUUUACACACCUGCAUCAAGCCCACUGCUAGAUACAAAGGAGCACGAGAAUCGGAUCGAUAUAUAACCGUGAGAAGCAAUGGAGGAUUAAAUCAGAUGCGGACUGGUAUUGCGGAUAUGGUAGCUGUGGCGCACAUAAUGAAUGCCACUUUAGUUAUUCCUCAACUGGAUAGACGAUCAUUCUGGAAAGACACAAGUACCUUUUCAGAUAUAUUCGAUGAGACUCAUUUUAUAGAAGCCUUGAAAGGAGAUAUUAGAGUUGCCACGGAGCUCCGAAAGGAGUUGGAAUCAGUUCCUCAUGCUCGGAAGCACUUCAGUUCUUGGGCUAGCAUGGGAUACUUCAAAGAGUUGACAAGGUUAUGGAAUGAGUAUCAGAUCUGCAUAAGUCAUGCUAUUUUUUUAAUGAAGUCUAUUCAAUUUUGGGUAAUUCAUGUUGCAAAAUCGGAUUCUCGACCACCAAACAACGAUCUGCCUCUUGACAUCCAGAGAUUGAGGUGCCGUGCAAUGUAUAACGCACUUCGUUUCUCUCCCCCAAUUGAGAUCCUAGCAAAGAAGCUGAUGGAGCGGCUAAGGAGUCGUGAUGGACGAUAUGUUGCUCUUCAUCUUAGAUAUGAGAAAAACAUGCUGUCUUUUACGGGCUGUACUUACGGCCUGACUGAAGCAGAAUCAAAAGAGCUGACGAUAAUGAGGGAGAACACUAUUCAUUGGAAGGUAAACAAGAUUAAUUCCACAGAACAGAGAUUAGGAGGGAAUUGCCCUUUGACCGCAAAAGAAGUGGGGAUUUUCCUCCGAGCUCUUGGUUAUCCUCCCGCAACAUUAAUCUAUAUUGCUGCUGGAGAAAUUUAUGGUGGUAAUGCUCGCUUGUCCACGCUCUCAUGGCGCUUCCCUAAUCUUGUUUUUAAGGAAACUCUUGGCACGAAGGAGGAAUUGGAAGGGUUGUCUCUUAUCUCACGCCCUGCUAGCCCCCUAUUCUUUCUUUUGUUCUUUUUAAAAUAUUCAAAUUUUAAUUAUUUUAUUUUUAAAUUUUUCUUUCUCUUUUUCUUUCUUUCUUUCCUCUUUUUAUUUUCCUUCUUUCCGGGCCAAUUGCCGGCCAUUCGCAAGCACAAGCCUCUGGCGAGGCUCGAGAACAGCAAGCUUUAGCUAGCCACUCGUCAAAUUGGCAAGGCUUAAGGCUCGAGCCUUUUCGAGGUAGGUUAGCUUGAGUAUACCUUUGGCCGGUGAUUGACCGAAGAAGGAGAAGGAGAAAACGAAAAAUAAUAAAGUAAAAGUAAAAGA